CGGCUGGUGUAGCGCCCCUAGCGGCGGCCGUCAGUCAUGCCAGUGGCGGUGUAGAACCUCCGCCGUACCGUUCUCCCCCCGUAGAAGAUGGCGGAACUUUCUCCGGUGCUGCCCCCGCACAGGGAUGGAGGGAACCGGCUGGGAUACACGGCGUUCCCCGUCUCGGAGGGAGAGUCUGAGGCCGAGCUGUCCCUGAGCCUGGCCCGCACCAAGACCCGCUCAUACGGCAGCACGGCCAGUGUGACGACCCCCUGGACUGAGCGCUUCAUAGAUCACCCGGUCAGCCCCAGUGACACCCUGCAGGGGAUCGCUCUGAAGUACGGAGUGACGAUGGAACAGAUUAAAAGGGCCAACAAACUGUUUUCCACAGAUUGUAUUUUCUUGAAAAAGUCAUUGAACAUUCCGGUUAUAUCAGAUAAGACUUCCCUAUUUAACGGACUUAAUUUAUUGGACUCGCCUGAGACUGAAUCUCAAGAAGAUAGCAAUAUUCAAGGUGAAGACAUUGUUUCUGCUCCAGCUAAGAAUGCCUCUCCACCUAGCUCUCCAGAAUCAAACCGGCCCAUAGUUACACAGGAUGAAGAGCUGUCUGCCAAAGACUUCCUUCAUAGACUGGACUUGCAGAUAAAGAGGUCUACACAGGCAGCCAAAAGGCUAAAAGAAGAAGAAUACCUCAGACAUGACCAGGAGGAGGGACUACAUUCAGCUUCCUCCUAUCAGCAUUGAGCACCGCCCAUCAGAUUCCUCAAGUUCUGGAUGUCACCACACCAGAAGAUCUAAUGGACUUCUAUCUGAUCCAUAGCUAUUUUAUUGCUAUAAUUGCACUGAAUCUGUUAUAUCUAUUUUAUUCACAGAAUUCCAUGUCACAGCAGCCUUUCUUUUGCAGUCCUUUCAUGUAAUCAGCUAUUUACAAGAUUUAUUAUUUUGUGUUUGAAGUUUUAAACAUAAAAGGGACGUUUUUUGCAAUAUUCAUUCCUAUGACUGUUUCUGUUAUAUGACUGUUCAGCAACCUCUUUCAUUUACAAUACAGACAGCGUGUCUUUGAUUUAUUAUUGCUCAUUUUAACGAUCGUUUGUUCAGUCCCUUACAUUUGUUACAUUUGUAUUUUUAGUUUGCCGAGUGAAUGGUGUAUGACUUAUUUUGUGUGUGCUUUCUUGAUUAAAAUUCUUAAGCUUA